AGCGGCAGCCGAGACCAUGGCGGACCGUUUGCGCGCUGUGCAGACAGAACCCUGGCACAACCUCAAGUGGUACCACGACGAGCACGGCGAGGCGUGGGACACGUAUAAUGAGUGUAUGCUUUUGCGGUCGAGUGAGGCUGCUAAUGCUGCGCCGGUUGCAGAGGAGGAGGUGGAUGAAGAGAAGAAGAAGGAGAUGAAGGAAGAGAAGGAUGGGGAGGAGGCGGCGGCAGAGCCAACAGAUGAUAGCGGAGCGCCUGAUUU